GCUUGCUAUGUGCGUAGGCUCAAGGUUGGAGAGUGAGCGCCGAGCUGCCGAUCGGGUUUCCCGGCAGGCGCAGGCGGAAAAAGCGAGCACCGAGCUACUGUCGCCAUCUCCGGUACUCCAAACGCCCCAGGUCUCUUGUGCUGUAGCUGCCGGGGUGCAGGAUGUUUCACGGGAUCCCAGCUACUCCUGGUGUUGGAGCCCCUGGGAACAAGCCGGAGCUGUAUGAGGAAGUAAAGCUGUACAAGAAUGCUCGGGAGCGGGAGAAGUAUGACAACAUGGCAGAGCUCUUUGCGGUGGUAAAGACGAUGCAGGCGCUGGAGAAGGCAUACAUCAAGGACUGUGUCACCCCUAAUGAGUACACUGCAGCCUGCUCCAGGCUCCUGGUCCAGUACAAAGCUGCCUUCCGACAGGUCCAAGGCUCAGAGAUCAGCUCCAUUGAUGAAUUUUGCCGAAAGUUCAGACUGGACUGCCCACUUGCUAUGGAGAGGAUCAAAGAGGACCGACCCAUCACUAUCAAAGACGACAAGGGCAAUCUCAACCGCUGCAUUGCAGACGUCGUUUCGCUCUUCAUUACGGUCAUGGACAAGCUGCGGUUGGAGAUCCGUGCCAUGGAUGAGAUUCAGCCAGACCUACGGGAGCUGAUGGAGACCAUGCACAGAAUGAGCCACCUGCCUCCGGACUUUGAGGGCCGCCAAACAGUCAGCCAAUGGCUGCAGACCCUGAGUGGUAUGUCGGCCUCUGACGAGCUGGAUGACUCUCAAGUUCGCCAGAUGCUCUUCGAUCUGGAGUCAGCUUACAACGCCUUUAACCGCUUCCUACAUGCCUGAGCCUCACCGAGGCAGGAAUGAGACUGAUAGAGAGGUGCCGCUUCAGCCCCCCAGUGUCUACACCCAUCCUAGAUGCCUUUAUUGUCAGGACAUCACCCACAAUAAAGAUCUGUCUAACCUUCCUGCUGUGGGCAGGAAUUCUGAGCCUA